AUGCCCAAGGUCCACCUUCUCGAUUACGUCGCCGGCAACGUCCGCAGCCUGGUCAACGCCAUUGAGAAGGUCGGGUAUGAGGUUGAGUGGGUUCGAACACCAGAGGAGGUCGCCAAUGCAGAGAAACUGAUCCUCCCCGGUGUCGGCCACUUCGGCCACUGCCUUUCCCAGCUCUCGUCAGCUGGGUACCUCCCCGCCAUUCGUGCCCACAUCGACGCCGGAAAGCCUUUCAUGGGCAUCUGUGUCGGCCUGCAAGCACUGUUCUCCAACUCGGCCGAAGAUCCUUCGUGUCCCGGCCUCGGCAUUAUUCCAGGAGCACUCAAUCGCUUCGACGACUCAGCAAAAGCGGUGCCGCACAUCGGCUGGAACAAUGCGACAUGCCCGGCGAAACCAGACCUUUACGGCCUGAGACCUGACUCCAAAUACUAUUACGUCCACUCGUACAAGUACCCCUACAGAAAAGGCGAGCUGGAAAGCCUGGGGUGGGCUGUUGCAACAGGCACAUACGGGUGCGAGACAUUUAUUGGCGCCUUGGCCAAGGGGAACAUCUUUGCUACACAAUUCCAUCCCGAGAAAAGUGGUGUUGCUGGUCUAAGAGUUAUCCGGGCAUUCUUAGACGGCUCGGGCGCCAAAGACCUGGCUGAAAAGCCGCCAACAAAUAUCAACGAGGUGUCGGACGAGCUGAUUUCCCAGGAGGGUCUGACCAGGAGAGUGAUCGCGUGCUUGGACGUCCGUACCAACGAUCAGGGCGAUCUUGUCGUCACCAAGGGUGACCAGUACGACGUUCGCGAGAAGUCCGCUGACCGGUCCGUCCGCAAUCUCGGCAAGCCGGUCGAUAUGGCCAAGAGGUAUUAUGAGCAGGGCGCUGACGAGGUGACCUUCCUCAACAUCACUUCGUUCCGUGACAUCCCGGUCAAGGAUCUCCCCAUGCUGGAGAUCUUGCGGAGGACAUCCGAGACUGUGUUUGUUCCGUUGACAAUAGGCGGCGGUAUCCGCGAUACGGUCGAUGUCGAUGGGACAAAGGUGUCUGCUUUGGACAUCGCCACCAUGUACUUCAAGAGCGGCGCCGAUAAGGUGUCGAUUGGCAGUGAUGCGGUCAUUGCUGCUGAGGAGUACUACAAGCGGGGCAAGGUUCUGGACGGCAAGACUGCCAUUGAGACCAUCAGCAAGGCCUACGGGAACCAGGCUGUGGUUGUUAGCGUGGAUCCCAAGCGGGUGUACGUCUCAAGCCCAGACGCCACUGCCCAUGCCACCAUCAAAACCAAGUUCCUGGGUCCCAACGGUGAGGAGUACUGCUGGUAUGCCUGCACCAUCAAGGGCGGGCGCGAGACCAGGGACUUUGACGUGGUGCAGCUCACCCAAGCUGUUGAGGCUAUGGGGGCUGGAGAGAUCCUGCUCAAUUGCAUCGACAAAGAUGGCACCAACAGUGGGUUCGACCUGGAGCUCAUCAACCACGUCAAGUCGUUCAUUAAGAUCCCUGUGAUCGCCAGCAGUGGCGCCGGCAACCCGGGCCACUUCCUCGAGGUCUUUCAAAAAACAACCACCGACGCUGCCCUGGGGGCAGGCAUGUUCCAUCGCGGCGAGUACACUGUGCAGCAAGUGAAGGAAUACCUGGCCCAGAAAGGCCUCACUGUUCGUAAGCACGAGGGAGAGUUAUGA